AUGCACACAACCAAAAGCGCUUGUAGUGCAUGGCAUCACACUGGUCGGCGCGAGUACCGAUGGGGCAGACUGGUGCAUUGGAUGUUUUUUGUGUGUUGCCGGUGUACUGGCUGUGGUGCAGGAUGCCGUUUCGCACCGUUCGGCCAAUGGGACGAAAAAUUCAUCGAGAACACUACAACCAUGUCGACAUUCAAUGUUUUGAGAUACUCCUUAUUGGGCGCCGGUCUUGUGUACGGUGCUGUGCACAGAUACAGCUUGGAGUCCGAGGUCAAGGAACAACAGCGAAUCAGCCAGUGGAACAAGGAGCUCAAAUUGAUCAAACAAGCCAAGGAAGAGUAUGCCAGGACUCAUGCUGUUGCUGAGAAACCCCAAGCAUCGGCCGGCUCCAUCAACUGGGAAGACCCCAACUUGGACAUUGGAAAAGCAUUGGAAUCUUUGGUGCAGAAAUUGGAUUAG